CAAGAGGGUAAGGCAGACCAGCAGCAGAGAAGGUGCCCCUUCUACAAAUAUAUUCCUGAUACAGAUGUUGUAGUAGAUGCCUUUUGCUAUGGCAUCUUGGAUGGUGUGAAGGCAUACUUUCUCACGCACUUCCACUAUGACCACUACAGAGGCCUCUCCAAGAAAUUUAACCAACCUAUUUACUGCAGUGAAAUAACAGGGAGACUAGUCAACUUACGACUGGGAGUUCCUCUGAAAUAUCUGCAUUUCCUUCCCAUGGAGGAACCUCAGUAUGUGUGUGGCCUGGAAGUCACUCUCCUUGAAGCUAACCAUUGUCCAGGAGCUGUGAUGUUUCUGUUCAAACUGCGAACAGGAGCUACUAUUCUUCAUGUGGGGGAUUUUCGAGCUCAUCCAAAAAUGGAGUCAUACCCAGCAUUAUGGAACUGCUCUGUUGACACACUGUUCCUAGAUACAACGUACUGCAAUGCUGUGUAUGACUUUCCAAGACAAGAAGAUGUUAUAGAUAAGUGUGUGUCUGUUGCUACCAGUCACGUUGCUGACAACAACAAGACUCUCAUUGUUGUUGGUUCCUACUCUAUAGGCAAAGAGAGAGUGUUCAAAGCCAUAGCCUCUGCUCUGAGACAUCUACUAUUGUCACUAGGGCUUAUAUUUUGAUGUUAGUGAGAAGACCCACCAAUGAGAGGGAGAGCAUGUUUGGACUAACAUAUUUAUCACUGAAGAUAGAUAGAAGCUGAUGACAUAUGUGGAGACCCUGAAACCAAGGUACUCAGUGGUGGUGGCGAUUCGGCCAACUGGCUGGGAGCACUCCAGCGACCAGGGACAGGGACUGGAAAAUCUUGCCUCGAAGCAGUGUGGCAAUGUCUAUAUGUAUGGUAUACCAUACUCAGAACACUCCAGCUUUAAUGAGUUGAAGCGAUUUGUGCAAUUCAUCCAGCCAAAAAAGAUCAUCCCAACAGUCAAUGUCGGCAAUCCAAAUUCUCGGCGACAAAUGGAGAAGUAUUUUCAAGAAUGGCAAGAGAAGGCUCGGCAGAAAGACAUUGGUUCCCUUCUCAGAAAACAACUGUGAUAAAUCUUAAUACAAAGUUAACUAAGGCUCAUUUUCUUUUCACUUCUUUCAUUAUCUUCUUCAUUCUUUAUUUUUUUGUGUUUUUCUUACUGUCACAAGUAUUUUUAUGUACAGUUUUAUAAAACUUUUUUGUAGUAAUUAUAUAAUAACAGACAAGUUAUGCAAAUGUAUAUAAUUGGUUUUUAAAUAAAAUUAAAUGCCAUA